AGUUUUCGUUCAGCUGGCCGAUAAGCAAGUUCUAUUCGCCGCAUUAGUGAUCGCAGCGGCUCUUAUAUUUUAUCCCAGGCAUACAAAAUCCAAUUCACAUUUAAAGGAAAGUCUCCAAGCAGCUACCACAAUGGCAGUUAGUUUUGUGAAUAUCCCAGCAGGAAGUGAUUUUCCUUUGGAGAAUCUUCCUUAUGGUGUGUUCUCCACAGCAACAAAUCCCCGCAAACGUUUGGGCAUUGCUAUUGGUGAGAGCGUUUUGGAUUUGAGUGUGGUGGCUGCCUUUUACCCACCAGAAGUGCAGGAUGCCUUGAAUUCUGAAACGCUGAAUAAGCUGAUGGGUCUUGGCUACACUGCCUGGAAUGUAGUGCGUUCACGAACCCGUGAAUUAUUGCUGAAAAACUCAGCCUUGGAACAAAAUGCUCCUUUGGCGAAAAGAGCUUUGAUACCCCAAAAAGAAUGUCAAAUGCAUUUGCCAGCCGACAUUGGAGACUAUACGGAUUUCUAUUCCUCCAUUCAUCAUGCCACCAACGUGGGCAUUAUGUUCCGCGGCAAGGAAAAUGCUCUCAUGCCCAAUUGGCGACACAUACCCGUCGGUUAUCAUGGACGUGCUAGUUCGGUGGUGGUGUCAGGCACUCCCAUACGUCGCCCUUUGGGUCAAACAUUGCCCGUAGAUGGCCAGCCGCCGGUCUUUGGUCCUUGCAAAUUGUUGGACUUUGAAUUGGAAAUGGCCUUUUUCAUUGGUGGGCAAGGCAAUAAGUUGGGUGAACGCAUUCCUGUCGAGGAGGCAUGGAAGAAUGUUUUCGGAUUUACCCUCAUGAAUGAUUGGAGUGCUCGUGAUAUACAAAAAUGGGAAUAUGUGCCUUUGGGACCAUUUACGGCCAAGAAUUUGGGUACCACCAUAGCCCCUUGGGUUAUACCAGUGGCCGCCUUGGAGCCUUUCCUGGUAGACAACUAUCCCCAAGAACCCGAAGUGUUCCCCUAUUUGAAGCAUAGCAAACCCUUCAAUUUUGAUAUCAACUUGGAAGUGUUUUUGAAGCCUGAAAAUGCUUCCGCAUCGAAAAUAUGCAAAUCGAAUUUCAAGCAUUUGUAUUGGACUCCCAUGCAACAAAUUGCCCAUCAUACUGUGACCGGCUGCAAUAUACGCCCGGGCGAUUUAAUGGCUUCUGGUACCAUUUCUGGUGAAACCGAUGACUCUUUUGGCUCCAUGCUGGAGCUGAGUUGGCGUGGCUCGAAAACCAUCAAUCUAAAUGAUGGCUCUGUCCGCAAGUUCAUUCAAGAUGGCGACGAGGUUAUCAUUCGUGGCCAUUGUGAACGCAACGGCUUGAGAAUUGGUUUCGGUGAAUGUGCCGGUAAAGUUUUGCCAGCCAUACCCUAUCAAUAGGCCAGCCGUAGAGGUUGAAGCAUAUGUCGCGUACCCCAGAUGAUAGCAAGUGCAUUUUUUUUAAUUUUCAAUUAUUAAUCUUAAAAUUAUUUUGAGAUGAUAUUGGCUUUAAAACGAAAAAACAAACAUUAGAAUAGACUUGUAUAUGAUGAAGCAUAUUUUAAUAAAAUAAAAUUUUGAAUAAAUAGUGAA